AUGGAGUUUCAUAAGGAUGAGCGGGAGGCUAGAGGGAGAAUGUUAGCCGAGCAAGAUGCUGCCUACCAAGAAUCAUUGGCACUAGAUAGAGCUAAGGCCGACUCAAAACGAAAAGAGCUGCAGGACUUGCAGAAGAUGAUGAUGGAACAGAAGGAGGAGGAGAUGCAAAGGCUUCACAAAUUAAAAGAAGAAGAAGAAGAAAAAAGGGUUAUUUAUAUCAGGACUAGCAAAAGUAUUUCAGAGUUUUACUUGUUUCUUUACCAAGAAUUAAGUUUUUUUUUCAAGAUUUUAGAAAGUAUUUACCAAAAGUCGAGAGUUGGAGUUGGAAAUUUUUACCCGGAGUUGGAGUCGGAUUAUUUUGAGAGACUGGAGUCGGGUAUUUUUCAUCUGGCUCCGACCUACUGA